AUGGAUCAUCCCAAGAAUUUCCAUUUUGUUAUUGUAUAUUAUGGACAUUAAUGUAUACAAACUCUAAAUCAAAAAUUAUUUUCAAUAUGCUUAGUUAUCUAAGGCAAAUUCAUUAGAAAUUCAUGUCCUAUAUUGACAUAAGGUAUAAGUGGAUCUGGUAAGGCGGUGGCCUCUAAGGGUAUUUUGGAUUACAUAGAAGCAGAUUCUAAGAGUGGAUUGUAUAUCUCUAACAGACUUAAUAAAAGGGGAAAAUAAGUAGUGAGAAAGAUCAUAACAACACUAUUCGAAGGAACCAGUUUGACGUAAAAUAGAUAUGCUGAUAGAAAUUAUCAUAUUUGAAAUCAAUUAAAUACAGCUUAUCAAAGAAGAUUUGAGUAAAUAUAUAUGUAGAUAUUUAGAAAAAUUUGCUAGGAACAAUCAAAUGAUUUUGUAUAUGAUACUGUGAAUUGGUUGAGGAAAUCUAAAUAGACCUGGAAUAAGAAUUCAUCUUAUUGGGAACACAAAAUUAAUUACUUUCUAGUUAGGAUGAUUAAAAUAAAUUUGAGGAGGAUAAAAAAUAAUCUUAAGAAGAUUUUUAUAAAUUAUUACACUCUUACAAUCCUUUGGUUAUCUGGAAUUCUCUUUGGAAGAGAUAGUAAACAUAUUUUUGCUGGUCCUAUUUAUUUAAAAGAAGAUAGUUAUUAAAAAGCUUAAGAAUUGUUGAAGAUUCUAAAUUAAAAUGAAAAAAAAAAUUCCAACAUCACAUAGGCUGGUUAGAGUAGGCAGAAUCCAUUGUUAAUGAAAUUAUUAUGA